AAUCAAUCAAGCAGCAGACCAAUCCGAGGUGACUAACCUAGCUUUCGAAAGCUCUGUUCUGGUUCUGAAACCUGAAACAUUUGACUGAGCCGUUAAACCACAAAGAGCUCGAGGCACGGGUCCUGAGCAAGUCGUACUAGUCCAUCUUUGGUCUUCGAAACGUGUUGUUUUGUUCUGAUCUUGUUUGCAUUAUACCAGACACCGCCAUGUCCGACACUCCUAAAAAAAUUGUCGAGCAAGCAUACGACCACGUUGCAGAAUGGUACCUCUGCUGGGUCGAAAACCAGCGAUCCCCUCGCGAGAGGUAUACCAACAAGGCCCUAGAGAAUGCGCCGGCAUCACCACACAUUCUUGAACUCGGCUGCGGUUCGGGCAUUCCCAUUACGCGCAUGCUCUUAGACCGAGGCGCUCAAGUGGUGGCGAACGACAUCUCGACUAAACAACUCGAAAUGGCAAGAGUCCGGUGUCCGGAGGCGACGCUCAUACAAGGCGACAUGGCAGCUCUUUCCUUCGAGCCCCAGAGCUUCGACAGCGUGAUCAGCUUCUACACUAUCUUCCACCUGCCGCGAGCGGAACAGAAAGGCAUGCUCUCCAACAUCUGUUCGUGGCUCAAGCCCGGGGGCAUGUUUGUUUGCAACCUCGCAACCGUAGAUGAGGAGGAGAUCCAUGGGGAGUUUUUGGGCCACGGAAUGUUUUGGAGUAGUUAUGAUGUCGAAAAUAGCAAGGCGAUGGUAAGAGAUGUUGGGUUUGAGCUGAUCGAAGCGGAGGUGCUGGAGGCGGGGGAUGGGCAGUUAGAGGAGAGUGACCCAGACUAUGGGGUUAAGUUUCUGUGGCUCGCAGCAAGGAAGGGGAUAAGUAAAUGACGCAAUGGGUGGUCAAGCUAAUGCGUCUACUACCCUGUACAGACGCUAGUCUUUUCACAAAAGGCAUAGGCCUAAAUUCUGUGUGAUCUGAAGAAGUACUUAGAUGGAUGCGUCUUUGAGAGGCUUACGCUUGUUUGCUAAAGAAUACUAAAGUACCCUAGAUUAUCA